GCCGCGUGUGCUGAGUCUCGUCUCUUUCCUUGAUUUUUGCAGGCAAGUGCGGCAGUGUCAGGGAACGAAGCGGAGCAGAGUAGCGCAGCCGGGGAGAUGCAGACCCUCACUCCGCAGGUGUACUGGGCCCAGAGACACGAAGACAUCUACCUGCGCGUGGAACUGAGCGAUGUGAAGGACACUGAGGUCACCCUGAAAGACAAUAUCUUGCGCUUCCGAGCCCAGGGACAUGGAGCUAAAGGGGAGAAUGAAUACCAGUUUUCCUUGGAGUUCUUGGACCUUGUCCGGGAUAAGCCAGUGUGCAAAACAACUGAACGACAAGUGAACAUUACGGUCAAAAAAGUAGAGCCAUGCUGGUGGGAAAGGCUGACCAAGCAAGAACGCAAGCCCCUUUUUCUGUCCCCAGAUUUUGAUCGUUGGCAGGAGGAGUCGGAUGCGGAGAUGGAGCUCCGAGCUCAGGAAGAAAAAAUCAGCAAGCUGAGAGUGGAAUCGAGGGUCCCACGAGAUCCCCUAAGGACACUGAAGCGUGGCUACCUUUUUAUGUACAAUCUGGUGCAGUUUCUUGGCUUCUCCUGGAUAUUUGUCAAUAUGACUGUUCGCCUGUUUAUUUUGGGCCAAGAUUCUUUCUACGACACUUUUCACACAAUGGCAGACAUGAUGUACUUCUGUCAGAUUUUAGCGGCUGCUGAGAUCGUCCAUGCUUCUAUAGGCCUUGUGAAAACUGUGCUGAUCCCGACAGUGAUUCAGGUUCUUGGAAGGAACGUCAUCCUCUUCGUCAUCUUUGGCAGCUUGGUGGACAUGCAGAAUAAAGCUGUGGUUUUCUUUGUCUUUUACUUUUGGAGUGCAAUCGAAAUCUUCAGGUACCCAUACUACAUGCUGUCCUGCAUCGACUCAGAAUGGAAGCUGCUGACAUGGCUGAGAUACACCAUCUGGAUUCCUCUUUAUCCCCUCGGUGUCCUAGCUGAAGCUAUGGCCGUGAUCCAGUCCCUUCCUAUAUUCACCGAAACUGGCCUCUACAGCAUUGAUAUCCCCUGGCCGCUGUCUUUCUCAAUCAGCUUCUCCUAUGUGCUACAAAUCUACCUGGUGCUGAUGCUUCUGGGCCUUUUUGUUAACUUCCGUCACCUUUACAAACAGAGGAGGAGGAGAGGUUUACGUAACAAAAAGAAGAAGAUGAAUUAGCUGCUUACCCAAAAAGGGAACCAGCUGCCUUUGCACAGAUACGCUCCCUUGUGUGCCCUUGCCAUCCUCUGCUCUCGUCUGUUGCUGCCUUUAAUAUAUAUAUAUUUUUUUUAAAGAAAAGGCAGCACCCAAAGUCAGCUUUUCUUGUUUGGGUGCUAGUGGUGAAUUGGACUUGCGUGUCAGGAAGACACAUUGGUGUCCACCUUAUUGUCUUAAUGGUUUAAAUUCAGGAAAAGUUGGUUGUGUGUGUGUUUCAGUGGCUAGGCAUGUUGGACCAAGAUAUCGUGAGCCAGGCUAGCCAUGCUGUCCCAGUUCCUUUAUCUCUGCCUCUGUUGGCAGUGGAUGUGUGAGCACUUGAGCACAGGAGGAUGUUUCCAGCCUUUCGAAUGUGAAGCAUGAGUUUGCAUCUUUAGCUAUAACAGGUGUGAGCAGCAGAAAUAAAAUCUCAGGGAAGUUAGUAAAGGGUGUAUUCAGAAUGGAGGUGAGGCCUCAAGAUUGUGAAUUGUAAUAAAACAAAUAAAAAAGUAAAAAAAAAAACAAA